AUGCUUUUUGUGUUUCCCUCCGCCGUCUACCCGCGGCGCACGGGGGAGCGGCUGUUCAAGAGACUCUACCAGUUUUGCAACAUUGUUCAUGUCGUCUGCUUUGUCGUGCUGAUGGCGGAGUUCUGCGUGCGGUUGGAGAGCAGCCUUCCUGGCUACUUCACCCGAAGCAGGGUAACCCUGGACUUGGGGCUGCAGACCGCGACCGACCACUGCAACUACAGUGCGGAGAUUAAAAUCGGUGGCAUCUCCAGCACGCUAAGCGUGAACAGCAACUCCCUGCCUGUGCCCCUGAUGGUGAUGGCGCAGUACGUCAUUGCGAUUCUUGUGGUUCAGUUUUUGGCAAUCUUAAACAGUGCGCUGAGUCUGGCGAACUACUCGGCGGGGGUCCGCCACCUGCGAAUUUGUGGCGUACAUGUGCCAUUUUACCACAUCUUGUGCGUCCUUUCCGUUCUCUACUGCGUUGUGCUCAUCGUGAUGGUGUUUGUCACGCGCCCAGUGCGAAACUUCUACACGGAUGCAGUCGUGGCCUGCGCGGAGCAGGCGAGGUCGCGAGACCCGGCGCUGCUGCUGCAAUCCGAGUACGACAACUACAACACCUUUUCAACCCCUAUCGAGUGGGCCCUCGCUGCCGCACUGAUCAAUCUUUGCAUCUACUGUUUGGCAGCCACCGUGCUCACCUGGAGGUCGUACAGCCGCGAGGUUGUGCUUUUCUCGGAGGCCACGGUUCCUUGGGAGAAGCGCGGGGUGAGAUGUGGAACGAAUAAGCCGGCCCUUCGCAUUCACACGAAGGCGCGUGACGCAAUUUUGAAUGAGGCCCAUGAGGCGCUUUCGCGCGGCGAAAAAGUACGCAUUGCCUGCAUCUACGCACUCAUGACGGAGGCUGAGUACGAGGCCCAGGUGGAGGAAAUGCGGCAGCGUUUCUCCGCGCAGAUGAAGGAGGAGCAGUUUGAGCAGCUGCGCACCCACUUUGGGCACGCGUCGGACCUGGAGGAGAGCGGUCUCUUCUGGCGGCGACACACCGCACCGCCCCCACCGCCCCCGGACGACGCGGAUCGGUUGUUCGGCGCGGCCGGGUUCUCGCCGGCUAACAACGACACCGUCCGCAUUGGCGACGGGGACAAGUUUGACGAGAUCCUCGACGACCCUGACUUUGAGGUGCAGUUCUGGAGCGAGUACGACACCAGCGACUACGACGUUGCUGACGCUGAUGACGGUGGGGAGUUGGCGGAGUGGCCGCCACAGCCAGGGGGUGCACAGAAGCACCGAACGCAGAAGAGGCGCCACCGCCACCGCCGCGACGUGGAGGGCGGCAGGGUGCAGGAGGAGCAGGAGGAGGAGGAGGAGGAGAAGGUGAAUGAGAAGGAGGAGGAGGAGGAGGAGGGAGAGGAGGAAGCGUUGUCCGCGGUGCCGGGGGCGCGACGCACGGCAGACGACGCUGAGGCAAUGGGCCGCGAGGGCGUAGAGGCGGCGCAGGAGGCGUUGCAGCGUGGCCCCCACAAUCAUCGCAACCGGCAUCAUCGUCGUCGUAGACGCCGUUCAUACGAAGCUGUUGAGCGAGAGGGUGAGUUGGACGGGCAGCUUGCCGCGCCAGAGCCGCCGGUUGAGCCUGCAGAUGAGUUGUAG